AACCUAUGGUGAAAAGAAAGUGAUAACCAGAGAGCACCAGUUCGGAAUUAUGCCCGCAAAACGCAACGCCUCUCAGCCAUUGCCCACUGCCUGUGCCGUUGCCUUCGACGACGAUGACGAUUUCCAAGUUCCACUCACACAAACACCUAAAAUCACAACUUCCGCCUCCAAAAAACGAAGAAUCCCCUUCAAACCCUCUAAUAAUCUCCACCGUCAGUCCAAGCCUUCUUCCAAUCCUGGAAAGGAGAACGUGGACCCUAAUAUCGAGGGCUUUUACUUCAACGCAGACGAAAAUUGUAGCUUGGAGUCAAUACCCUCGAGCAUCGACUGCAGCUACAAGAUCACAAGCAGUCAUCGCUCUCCGGAUUGCGGGGACAAGAAGGGUAUUUUGAAAAAAAACGAGGGAUAUUCACGGAAUUCGAUUGAGUCUAGGUUAUUGAGGUCGAGGACAGAGAAUUGCAAUUUGAACGGGGAGUCUGAGGACGAUUCGGAGCUUGAUGUACUGCUCCAGUUGUGCGAGGAAGUUAACGAUGAUUACAACGAAGUUGAAGUGGAUGGCCUAGUUCAGUGUCCACUGUGUGGAGUUGAUAUUUCGGAUCUGAGUGAGGACCUGAGACAAGUUCACACCAAUGACUGUCUUGACAAAUGCGAGAACCAAGCUGAAGAUGUUGUUUGUCCUGAUGUGGACAGAGUACCUCAAUUGCCACCACAAGUUGGUGAUGGUUUUUUUCAAUUACCUCAACAAGUUGUUGAUGUUUCUCCCGUUGUUAAAUUGCUACACAGUCUGGGUUUGGGUAGAUACGAAGAAGCCUUUGUACGGGAAGAGAUUGACUGGGACACCUUACUUAGGCUGACAGAAGAGGAUAUAGUCAGUAUAGGCGUUACUGCACUUGGUCCUAGGAAGAAAAUCAUGCAUGCUCUUAGUGAAAUUAGAAAAGGUUGCUCCCGUGCAGUUGAGAAAAAUGUAAAUUCACAUGCUGCUAGUGAAGAAUCAAGUAGUAAUUGUGGAUCAGAGAGGCACAAUAAGGCAUCCGCAACUAGUGUUAAUGAAAAUAGAGAGCCAGCUGCAAACAAGCUGAUUACGGAUUUCUUUCCCGUCUCCACUGUUGAUGGGAAGAAACUCUCCUCUUCUGGUAGAUCAGAUGGAACGAACAAAAGUUAUUCAGGUUCUGGUCAUAAACUUGUUGGAAAAAAUCAUGCCAAAAAUGGAAAACUCAAAGAUAUUCCCACAUGGUGUUGUGUUCCAGGGACACCAUUUCGAGUGGAUGCUUUCAAGUAUCUUAGAAGAGAUUGUUCACAUUGGUUUCUUACUCACUUUCAUAUGGACCAUUAUCAAGGUUUAACGAAAUCCUUCUGUCAUGGGAAGAUUUAUUGCUCUUUGAUCACUGCAAGGCUUGUGAAUAUGAAGAUUGGAAUACCGUGGGAUAGAAUACAAGUUUUAUCCCUAAACCAAAGGAUCACAAUUGAUGGUAUAUAUGUGACAUGCUUAGAUGCAAACCACUGUCCAGGUUCCAUCAUAAUCCUCUUUGAACCACCUAAUGGUAAGGCUGUUCUCCACACUGGCGAUUUUCGUUUUAGUGAGCAAAUGGCGAGCACAUUGGUUUUGCAAUCAUGUCCUAUCCAUACUCUCAUCCUUGAUACCACUUACUGUAAUCCCCAGUAUGACUUUCCAAAGCAGGAAGCUGUAAUACAGUUUGUUAUUGAGGCCAUCCAAGCAGAAGCUUUCAACCCUGGAACUCUUUUUCUAAUUGGAAGCUACACAAUUGGCAAGGAAAGGCUUUUUUUGGAGGUUGCUCGUGUCCUCCACAGAAAGGUUUAUGUGAAUGCUGCAAAGCACCGUCUCUUAAAAUGUUUGGAGUUUUCUGAGGAAGAUAUGCGAUGGUUUACUAUGAAUGAACAGGAAAGCCACAUUCAUGUUGUGCCUAUGUGGACCCUUGCAAGCAUCAAACGACUUAAACAUGUAUCCGAUCAAUAUAAGAAUCGAUUUAGUCUUAUAGUUGCUUUCUCUCCUACUGGCUGGACAUUUAGUAAAGGGAAGAAGAAGUCUAUAGGGAGAAGAUGGCAGCAGGGCACAAUUAUAAGAUAUGAAGUGCCAUAUAGUGAGCAUUGCAGCUUUACAGAGCUGAGAGAAUUUGUGAAGCUUGUAUCUCCGGAAAGCAUAAUACCAAGUGUGAAUAAUGAUGGACCAGCUUCUGCAAAUAGCAUGGUUUCCCUUCUGUUGUCUUGAAGGUUUCACUGGUAGCAGCAAAUACAAUCCCUUAUUGUAUUUUCAUGUGAAUCUGCAGUUGAAGUGCUAUAAAGGAGAUCGGUGAACCUCCAGGGCAUGCCUUUAAUGCCUUUAUUACCAAUUGCAUGAUAAGAACAUGAAGUGCAUGUAUAUUUUGUGGAACAUAAUAUUAUAAUAAUUGAUGUUUAAGGAUUUUUCAA